UCAAACUUCUCCAAAAUGCCAUCCGACGAGAUGGUGAGGCCACGCUUAGCUGCCCGCUACGAAGGAGAAGAUACAAGCAUAAUCACGCAGCGAGAGCUCAAUGGUUGGUACUCGUAUGCCAUUGCCGCCGAGGUUUUUGCUGUAGUGGCUACUGGGGCUUUCCUUCCGGUUACGCUAGAGCAGUUAUCACGAGAACGAGGUUUUCUCUUCUCUGAUAAGUCAAGACCGUGUGUUGCUCAAACUAGAUCGCUAAGCGGCCAAGAUUCGAUGAGGAACCUUCUGACCAGAGCAAACGAUGCGAAACAAGAUCAAUGUGUGAUCAACUUCCUGGGUAUGGGAAUCACGACAGCUUCGUUUGCGAUGUACACACAAUCAGCUGCGGUGCUCGUACAGGCGAUCACAUUGAUCUGCUUCAGCUCGUUUGCUGAUCAUGGGCCCUACCGCAAGAAGAUGCUGAUGAUGUUUGCAUAUACAGGAUCUGUCGUCAGUGUGCUUUUCAUCGUCAUCAGUCCGGCAAUUUACUAUUUGGCUCCCAUCCUGGCAAUCAUUGGCGUCACAUGUCUUGGAUGCUCGUUCACACUCCUCAAUGCAUUCCUACCAUUACUAGUGUCAAAUCAUGAAGGGAAGUAUAUCGAUGACUUCACAUCCUCGGACUUUGAACUCGAGGCUCUCAACCCAGAAUCCAAUAUCCGACGCCAUGAUCCUGAGAAGCUCUCCCGUGAUCUUCAACUCUCGGCGAACAUAUCCUCUAAAGGGGUAGGUCUAGGAUACAUGGCUGCCGUGUUUGUGCAAUUAAUCAGCGUCGUAAUUCUGUUUAUUUUCUCGAAGACAUCUAUCUCGAAAAGCAAUCCAAGCCUUCCUAUGCGAGUCGUCCUUUCUCUCGUCGGGAUAUGGUGGGCUACUUUCACUACCCCAACACUGCUUUGGCUUCGACCACGCCCUGGACCACCACUUCCUGUUCAGCUCAAACCUCAUUCCCGUCAAUUUAGCCGAUACCGAACCUUCCUCUUCUACACCAUGUUCUCUCUCUCCUCAUUCUGGAACACUGUCAAACGCGCCUGGAGUCUACGACAAGUCUUUCUCUUCCUCACGGCCUGGUUCCUCCUUUCUGACGCCAUCGCCACCAUAUCCGGCACCGCCGUUCUCUUCGCUCGCACUGAACUAGAGAUGGGCACCAUUGCCAUCGCUCUUCUUUCGAUAACUGUGAUCGGUUCCGGUAUUGUCGGUGCCUUUGCUUUACCGCGCAUAUCGGCUUGCUACUCUCUCGAACCAAAAUCAGUAUUUCUACUCUGCGCCGUUCUCAUAGAAAUAGUGCCGCUCUACGGCCUUCUAGGCUACAUCCCCGUCCUACAACGCGCCAAAGUCGGCGGCCUCCAACAACCAUGGGAAAUCUAUCCGCUAGGCGCCUUCCAUGGCUUUAUUAUGGGCGGAAUAAGCAGUUAUAGUCGCAGCGUUUUCACCCCUCUGAUUCCCGAGGGCAGUGAAGCUGCCUUCUUUGCUUUAUUCGCCGUCACAGAUAAAGGGUCUUCUGCGUUUGGGCCUGCGUUAGUUGGCUGGAUAGUUGACAGAGCGGGUACAAUUCGACCUGCAUUUAUAUUUUUAGCUGUGUUGGCGUUGUGUCCGGGGCCACUGAUAUAUAUGGUUGAUGUGGAGAGGGGGAGGGGGGAUGCGGCGAGAAUGGUGGAGACGGAUGGGAGGAGACAUGAAGAUACAGAUACUAGCCAAGAGUCCCGUAGCAUGUUGUGA